CCAAGGUUGAUACUUUUGUUCAAUAAUCCUAGUACCUUAUCUACAGGUAUAGAAUAUUAUAUAGAUAUACCAAUUGCCUGAUAUACAAAUACCUCACCAGUGCAUUAUUUACAGAUAAAUAUUAUAAAGAGGAUACCUCUGCCUCACACACACAGCCUCCUUCCAGAAGUUCCAGUACUUUAUCCUCGAGUAGCAGCUAGAUCCCUUGCAGCAAAAGGACCAGUGAACUCACAGAAGCCACGAUACUGCAGUGACCUCACCUCUUCUGUCCUUUAACCGGACUGGAUCUAGCUACUACCAGGUGUCACAUUUAUAGCAUCAGACUCAGUCACUGACGAUAAACAAGAUGAACAAAUACAGGAAGCAGAUGGCAGAGCAGUUCCUGAGUCAGGCCCUGGGCAUCAUCUGCCUGCUGACCGGAGAGGAAUACACCAUUGUGAAGAAGAGGCCCUCCCACAGCAGCGUUCAACAGCUGAGCGGAGAGGUGCCUAUAAAGUGUGAUGAUGUUGCUGUGUAUUUCUCUAUGGAGGAGUGGGAGUAUAUAGAGGGACACAAGGAGCUUUACAAGGACGUCAUGAUGGAGACUCACCAAGCACUAAGGACUAAGGAGAUCCCAGGAAAUGAGAGCUCAGAUGACAUUAAUACUGACGUAUAUGUUAAAACAGAAGAUCUGAGUGUAACGUGUCAGCUGGCAAUGAAGGAAAUGUGUGACAGUGACAAUGAAGGUGAAAAAGAUGCUAAAAGUUUAUGUAACACAGAACAAACAGAAGAUCAGGGGCUAGCAAAUAUGCCAGAAGCUGCAAAGCAGGAAAUAUGUGACAAUAUAAGUACAGGUGAAUUCACAAACUGCAAUAAUCCUAGUCAUGAUCAGAGUGCAGAUGCUUCUUUACAUCUUCAAAAUCAAAGAAGCCAUGUGGGAAAUUUAUGUUCUGAAUGUGGGAAAUGUUUUCUUAAGAAAUCACAUCUUUUUAAACAUCUUAAAAUUCAUACAGGAGAAAAGCCAUUUUCCUGUCCUAUAUGUGGGAAAUGUUUUAACUGUAAAAAAAUUCUUGUUGCUCAUCAAAAAAUGCAUACAGGAGAAAAAGAAUUUUCAUGUUCUGAUUGUGGGAAAUGCUUUAAUCAGAAAUCAAAUCUUAUUUGUCAUCAGAAAACGCAUUCAGGAGAAAAAGCAUUUUCGUGUUCUGACUGUGGAAAAUGUUUUACUCGGAAAUCAACUCUUCGUAUGCAUCAAAAAAUUCAUACAGGGGAGAAAGCAUUUUCAUGUUCUGACUGUGGGAAAUGUUUUACUCGGAAAUCAAAUCUCAUUACACAUCUGAAAAUUCAUACAGGGGUGAAAGGAUUUUCAUGUUCUGACUGUGGGAAAUGUUUUACUCAGAAAUCAACUCUUCUUGUGCAUCAUAAAAUUCAUACAGGGGAGAAAGCAUUUUCAUGUUCUGACUGUGGGAAAUGUUUUACUCUGAAAUCAAAUCUCAUUACACAUCAGAAAAUUCAUACAGGGUUGAAAGGAAUUUCAUGUUCUGACUGUGGGAAAUGUUUUACUCAGAAAUCAACUCUUCUUAUGCAUCAAAAAAUUCAUACAGGGGAAAAAGGAUUUCCAUGUUCUGACUGUGGGAAAUGUUUUAGCCUGAAACCAUAUCUUAUUAGCCAUCAGAAAAUUCAUACAGGGGAGAAAGCAUUUUCAUGUUCUGACUGUGGGAAAUGUUUUAGCCUGAAACCAUAUCUUAUUAGCCAUCAGAAAAUUCAUACAGGGGAGAAAGCAUUUUCAUGUUCUGACUGUGGGAAAUGUUUUACUCUGAAAUCAAAUCUCAUUACACAUCAGAAAAUUCAUACAGGGGAGAAAGCAUUUUCAUGUUCUGACUGUGGGAAAUGUUUUACUCGGAAAUCAAAUCUCAUUACACAUCAGAAAAUGCAUACAGGAGAAAAAGCAUUUUCGUGUUCUGACUGUGGAAAAUGUUUCACUCAAAAAUCAACUCUUCUUAUGCAUCAAAAAAAUCAUACGGGGGAGAAAGCAUUUUCAUGUUCUGACUGUGGGAAAUGUUUUACUUUGAAAUCAAAUCUCAUUAAACAUCAGAAAAUUCAUACAGGGGAGAAAGAAUUUUCAUGUUCUGACUGUGGGAAAUGUUUUACUUGGAAAUCAAAUCUUAUUGCACAUCAGAAAAUGCAUACAGAAGAAAAAGCAUUUUCGUGUUCUGACUGUGGAAAAUGUUUCACUCAGAAAUCAACUCUUCUUAUGCAUCAAAAAAUUCAUACGGGGGAGAAAGCAUUUUCAUGUUCUGACUGUGGGAAAUAAUUUACUCAGAAAUCAACUCUUCUUAUGCAUCAAAAAAUUCAUACAGGGGGGAAAAGGAUUUCCAUGUUCUGACUGUGGAAAAUGUUUUAUCCAGAAAUCAUAUCUUAUUAGGCAUCAGAAAAUUCAUACAGGGAAGAAAGCAUUUUCAUGUUCUGACUGUGGGAAAUGUUUUACUCUGAAAUCAACUCUUAUUAUGCAUCAGAAAAUUCAUACAGGGGAGAAAGCAUUUUUAUGUUCUGACUGUGGGAAAUGUUUUACUCUGAAAUCACAUCUUAUUAGGUAUCAGAAAACACAUAUUAAAAGAAAUCAGAGUUUAAUCUCCUAAAUGCAAAGCAAUAAUAUGGUAGUUGUCACACACACAAUACCAAAUCCUGAUGAUGACCCCCUGGGGCAUGCAGUUUUGGAGCUGUUUGAGGUCCCUUCUGCACCUCAAGCAUUUAUUAGGUGACCCCAGGGUGGAUUUGAUUUAAAAAUUAUGAUUUAAAUCACUAGUUCGUAAGACCAAUUUAAAUCAUGGUUUUCAUUUUUAGAAUAAGUUUUCAGAUUAUUUGUUUAUAGUUAUACCAGGCUAUUACUAAAUUGGUUAUAUAACAUUAGAUAUGCAUAGAUAGAUCAUUGAAAUGAAGGAAAUUAUUUGGAGGUGAAUUAUCUCCAGUUUAAUUGAUUAAUCCUUCACAUUUGAUCAACUUUUCACCUGUACUUUAUUGGAAGGAGGAAAAUUAUUAAAUUAAUAAUAACAAUAUAAAUAGUUUAAUAAUAAUAAUAUUAUUUUUCAUUUUUAAUCCUUGCCCCUCCCUCCUCACACUUAGGUCCUUGUGCAAAUCUAUUCCACUCCAAACAAUCUUCUUUUCAGUGAGCUUUAAACCUAGUAUGGGUUGAUUCUGUGUACAUAGAUUUGCAGGGGAGCAAUGACAUUAAAGGAAAGUGAAGUCAAAAUUACAGUUUCAUGAUUCAGAAAGAACAUGAAUUUUUAACAAUUUUCCAAUUGACUUAUCUUCUUUUGCUAAUUUUCUUUGUUCUUUAGGUAUCCAUUGUUAAAAAGCCUGCAUAGGUAGGCUCACUCAGAUGCAAUGCACUACUGUGAGCUAGCUGCUUGUCACGGUCUCACCCAUUGUAUUCAGACAGUCCCCAGUAGAGCAUUGCUCUCCUUCAACAAAGGAUUCCGAGAGAAUAAAGCAAAUAUCAUAAUAUAAGUAAAUCUAAAAAUGUUAUGUUCUAUCUAAAACCCAAAAGUUAUCUUUCAUAAUUAUGUCCCUUUAAAGUCUAUUUAUCAACUCUGUAUGUUCAUUUUUUAGAACAUUUUGCUGUGCAUGUUAUUUCUGCAGACACAAGUUCCCAGGACGAGAACUAAAAAAUGAAUCGUGAUAAUAUCAUUAAGAUUGAAAAAUUGUCCAAAAUAAUCUGACAGAAACCUUUUGGAGAGCAUGAUAUUGUGAAUAGAUUAAUGGAAUUAAUUAAUAAAAAACAUUACAGUAAUGAAUAAACAGCAUCUUGCUAUAUAAUUAAAACUAAUCUAUAUUUCAGGAUGAAUAACCUUUGGAUUAUAAUGUAUCUUGAAUAGCAACUAUAGAUUUUUUUUUUCCUCAAAAAGCAUUUAAAAAAAUAAAAAUAAACCCUAUUUAAUUUUUUUAUCCACCCUGUGUAACCCAGUGUAUUUGCCAUCUGGGGGGGUCCAGGGUCCCUAUGUAGUUUUGAAUAGUCAAGAGAGCACCUGGAGCCUCCAUGUUAUUUUUAAUUUCUGCUUAUUUUAGAAAUGUUGCCUAAUAUAACUAUAGAUCCACAAAAGUUUUGACUAUAGAGUUGAGAAACAAAUAUCUCACUGUUUUGUUUACAACCUUGUUUAUUUAAAUUGUAAUAAAAAGAAAUCCAUCAGAGAGAUAGCAGGAACAUUAGAUGCCAAAUCAACAAUUUGGUACAUUCUGAGAAAAAAAAACACUGGUGAGCUCUGCACACAAAAAGGCCUGGAAGUCCACAACAGUAGUGCAUGAUUGUAGGAUCCUUUCCAUGGUAAAGAAAAAACCCUUCACAACAUCCAGCCAAGUGAAGAACACUCUCCAGGAGGUAGGCAUAUUAUUAUCCUAAUGUACCAUAAAGAGAAGACUUCUCGAGAGCAAAUAUAGAGUAUUUCACACAAGGUGCAAACCAUUCAUAUACUUCAAGAAUAGAAUGGCCAGAUUAGACUAUGCCAAAAAAUAUCUAAAAAAAAAAAAGCCAGCCCAGUUCUGGAACAGUAUUCUUUGGACAGAUGAUACUAAGAUCAUCCUGUACCAGAAUGAUGGGUAGAAAAAAGUAUGAGGAAGAUUUGGAACAUCUCAUGAUCUGAAGAAUACCACAUUAUCUGUAAAACACGGUGGAUGCAGUGUGAUGGCAUGGGCAUGCAUGUCUUCCAAUGGCAAUGGGUCACUAGUGUUUAUUUAUGAUGUGACAGAAGCAGCCACAUGAAUUCUAAAGUGUAUAGGGAUAUAUUGUCUGCUCAGAGUCAGCUAAAUUCAGCAAAGGUGAUUGGAUGGCGCUUCACUUUACAGAUCGACAAUGACCCAACACAUACUGUGAAAGCAGCCCAGAAGUUUUUUAAGGCAAAGAAGUGGAAUAUUAUGCAAUGGACCAGUCAAUAGAGCAUGCAUUUUACUUGCUGAAGACAAAACUUAAGGCAGUAAAACCUACGGACAAACAACAACUAAAGACCACUGCAGUAAAGGCCUGGCAAAGCAUCACAAAGGAGGAAACCCAACGUUUGGUUGUUUGGUGAUGUCCAUGCGUUCCAGACUUCAUUGCCUGCAAAGGAUUCUCGAUGAAUUAUUAAAAAUGAACAUUUUAUUUAUGAUUUGUCCAAUUACAUUUGAGCCCCUGAAAUUUGGUGACUGUGUAUGAAAAUGGUUGCAAUUCCUAAACGUUUCAUACAAUAUUUUUGUUUAACCUCUUGAAUUAAAGAUGAAAGUCUGCACUUCA